AAUAAAAUAAAAUAACCCCAAAAAAUACAGCCCCCGAAGACGAGAAUCGGAAUUCCGGUUUCCAAAUGCGUUAAUAUAUCAAUGGAGGAAGACAUCGUCCUUCUUCUUUUGUUACCAGCGACGGAGCUCAGCCAUGAAAGACGACUACGAGACCGAAGAGAAAAAGCAAGCUGCUGCUGAUGUAAUGUUUCAAUAUUCAAAAUUUGUGAUGGCCUGUAUUGGUAAUCAAGUAAGACCAUGUGACUUGAGAUUUCACUUGAUGAAGGAGAUUUCUGGAAUUCCAACUUCUUUAAAGAGGGAGUCAUCCCAACAAGCAGCUUCUCCGGAUGCCAUGGGCGAAUCGUCGAGCUCAGGUACAGCUAGACUUGAUAAAGUAGAUAGCUUUAGAGUGCUGUAGAGUUCGACGACUCCAAAUUGAAGGCCUUCACUACAUAUGGGAUUUACCUGCCUUGUCCUUGUCUAACCUUUUCUCUUAUUUUAACUCUCAUUGUUUGAAAUUAUGUUUGCUCUUUACCAAAAGAUGGAAACUUUCACUAUUUACAUGUAUUAUUUCCUUGUAAGUUUUUGUAUGACGAAUAUGAGUGCAUUGGUAAAAUUAUGAUGGUUAUUGACU